AAGAGAAGAGAAUCAGACCCAGGACAUUGCUGGCUGAUAUGGAAGGUUUUUUAAGAUGAGGGACUUCUGCAGGACUGUCAUACCAUGGCUACCAUCAGCACUGAAGGACAAAAACCAACAGUUCUGUUGGAGGUCCUCUCCAACCUUGGACUGGAGAAAUAUUAUCCCAACAAACUCAGUCUUCAGUCUGUUUUGGAAGUCAACAAAAGCAGCAUAUAUGAAAAAGCUGUUUUAUCAGUGGAUGAAAUGCCAUUUCAUUUCCUAAGAAAACUGUUUCAAAUCAAUGCAGGGUGCAGGAACUGUACACGUUUAUUCAGCAGCCAUGAUGACACUGAUGACAGCCUUGACUUACUGGACCUUUACACGGAACGUAACCAAUCAGAAAACACAGUUCAUCCUCUUGACCUUAUAGUAGGUCUGUUUCUUUGCGCUGACUGCUUCUUGCAGCAGGAAAUGUCUGUCAAGAUGUCAUUAUGCCAGUUUUCUGUCCCGCUGCUGUUGCCCCACACCGACAACAAUCAAUGUACCCUGAUGCUAUGGGCUCUGAGAGAAAUUGUCAAAGAGUGGUGUCCACAUGAUUUGUCUCAAUCAAGAGGAUUUGUUGAGGACAGCAUUGUCCAAGCAAGAAUGCCGUUCUUUUCCUUUGUGAGGUUAAAAAACUGCAGUUUAUCCAAAUCUCAGUUUUUGAAUCAGAUCCUCAGUCGUGACCAGCAGAAUCACAACAUGUUCAUACACAGAGACAUGGAAGGAGGAGCACUGACUCGAAAACUGUCAAAGGGUUUGGUGGAAAUUUGUUGGUUCCUUCCUUGUGGGAGAGAAAAUCUGGAUGUAUUCCCAGAACCAGUUGCAUUUGCUAAUUUGCGAGGAGGCAUUUGUGAAUCACUUGUACAGUUUACUUUUCUUUAUGAAGUGUCCAAUGCAGUCUUCAUAUUCCUGGACAAAGUUGAAGAAAAGGAGCAUCACAUUCUGAAGGCUCUGCAAGAUGCAAAAUCCAAACUCUAUUUUGUUGUUCAUCGCAAAGAGAGUGUCGCUGAAAAUAUGAUGUCUGUCCAGAAAACACUGCAAGAAUUGGCUGUACCAAGGAGCAGUGUUAAAAUCAAAGAUUCAAGGAUAAAUACAGCAGAGUUUUCAAAAAAGCUUUGUGGAGCCAUCAAGACCUCACUGUGUUCCAUAAAAAACACAAUGAGUAUUGCAGACAUGCGAGAAAAAGCAGUUGAAUUAGGUCUGUCUGUGGAUGAAAACAAAACUCUUGAGCAGAAAAAAACUGCUGAGGAGAUCAUGAGGGGGAUUGGUGUGCGAAGUAUACCACACUACAAAAAACAACAGCUUCCUUUGCAAGGAGAGAAUUGGAAGAGAUUAUCACAACUGGAAAAGAAAGAAUGCAGAAUCGAUGGUGUUGGCACUGAUGCCGUUGAGCAUUAUAAAGCUCAGCUACAAGAAGAGAAAAAGCACAUUUGGGAAGAGCAAAAACAGCAAAAAGCGUCUCAAGGAAUGCUGGCUUUUAUUGAGACCUUAUCAACGAGCAACAAAGAAAGAAGAAUUUUUUUCUUGAAGUGGAUGAAAUUCAGGUUUAAUGACCAUUCUCGGGACAAAUUGACCAGCCUGCGUAACAAAUUCAAAGAGCAAUGCAAAACAAAGGAUGCCAAACUCAUUGCGGAAGUUGAUCAAGCCUUGUUGGACAGUUCUUUGGGGGUAGAGCAUUACAUGCGAGAAAUGGGACUUCACUAUGAGGUUUCUGUGCACUCAGAUGAUAGCACAAAUAAAAUGUCCCAUUUGCCUGAAGUAGCUGCUGAAAUGCUGUUGGAUGGUUAUCCAUUAGAACUUUUAGAUGGAGUUGCUUCAAACGUUCCAGAGAAGUGGGUGACAGCCGUGUUAAUGGAACUUCACGAGAAGGUCGGGGGAAAGAGCAGGUUGUUAGUACUAACGGUGUUGGGGGUUCAAAGUAGUGGAAAAUCAACCCUUCUCAACACCAUGUUUGGUGUUCAGUUUACUGUCAGCAGUGGCAGGUGUACAAGAGGGGCCUACAUGCUCUUUCUCAAAGUUGGAGAUGAUACACAACAAGAGUUGGCAUGUGACUUCAUUCUCCUCAUUGAUACUGAAGGUCUGAAAUCGCCUGAGCUCGCACAACUAGAAGAUAGUUAUGAACAUGACAACCAGCUGGCUACCUUUGUCAUUGGCUUAAGUGACGUUACCAUUAUAAACAUUGCAAUGGAGAAUGCAAACGAAAUGAAAGAUGUCCUGCAAAUUGCUGUUCAUGCCUUCUUGAGAAUGAAAGAAAUUGGGAAAAAGACAAUUUGUCAUUUUGUGCACCAAAAUGUUGCUGGAGUUUCAGCUCAUAGCAGAACCCUGACAGAGAGACAACAUCUCUUGGACCAACUCAAUGAAAUGACACAGAUUGCAGCUGACAUGGAAAGACAACCUUUGAUUCAAGCGUUCACAGAUGUGCUGGACUAUGACAUAGAAAACAACAACUGGAACAUCCCAGGACUUUGGCAUGGAACCCCUCCAAUGGCACCAGUAAACACUGGUUACAGUGAAGCUGUGUCAGAGUUCAAGAAAAAUCUUCUGGAGACAGUAGGAAAACAAAGGCAAUCCUCAGCCACAAAGAUCCCAGACUUUCUACAGUGGAUGAGAAGUCUGUGGAAAUCAGUGAAAUAUGAGAACUUCAUCUUCAGCUUCAGAAACACUCUUGUGGCCCACGCUUAUGACAACCUGUGCAAAGAGUUCAACCAGUGGGAAUGGGAGAUGCAAAAAGAAAUCCUCUCCAGACUGACAGCAGCAGAGUUAGAAGUUGUAAAUGCCAACAACGAGGGUGGAUUGGAAACAUGGAACACGUUGGUCACGCUCAAAAAAGCACAACUAGCUGAAGCAAUAGAAUCACAAAAAAACAAAAUGAAAAAGAAACUCUCUGAUUAUUACAGAAAGAGAGACCGACACGCAAACCUGAUUGAGAAAUACAAAACAGACUUUUUCAAUAGCAUCACAAGCCUAUCAAAUGGGAUUCAACAUUCCGUCAAUGCUAAAUUAGAAGGAGCCCUUGAGCGAAAAAUAGCUUUGAGAAAGGCACUGGACAUAAUACAGGAGUACUGUGGCACGAUUGAAGAGAGAGUCAUGAAGCUUCUGAGCGAAUGCAAAGACACCCAACUGUCUGAUGAUCGUCUGCAAGAGGAGUUUGACAAAAUGUGGGCUGCUGCUACUGCCAGUGUACCUACACUGAAAGAACAAGAUAUACAUGCAUCCAUUCUCACGCAGCUGAAGAGGAAUUUAUCCCACCGGAAAGUUAAUGAGGACUUACAGCACAUUGAAGACCUAAAGAGCUUUGGAAGGGACACAUUUAAGACAAGGAUUGACCAUGUUGACUCGUUAAUGAAGAAGAUGAAAUAUAUGUUGACAGGCGAGUUACAGAUGUUUGCAGACAAUGUCAUUGUGACAUCAACACAGUUUGCUGUUGAUAAAACCAAGUCAGAUGAUGAUUACCAUGAUUCUUUGUCAAGGGAUCUGCUGCAAAGGAUUGAUGAAUCCCUAAAUGAAGGUUAUAAGUCUCACAGAUCAAACAUAAGAUUUGAGAUUGACCUCAAACUUCAUAUCUGUGGAAUUGCCGCCAGAGAAUUCCUCAAAAUGCACCAAAGAUUCUUGUCAAAUAAUGACCCCCGAGCACAGCUGGAAAAGUACAAGCAUCAAUACUUGUCAGACUUUCUGGAUUUGUACAAAGAGACAGAUCAUUGCCAACGCAAAGCAAAUGAUUAUGUCCAGUUUUGUAUCAAGCCUGCCAUUGAGGAUUACAUGAACAGAGCUUUGGGAAUUGACAUUGUAGACGACAUUUUGACAAGCUGUCAUUCUGUGGAGUACAGUUCACGCUCCUGUUUCCAGCACAACAUUCAGAAAGAGUUACUACUGAAAGAUGACUUUGAGGCUUUUGUCAAGUACAUUUGUCACUACGAAAUGUAUGUUAAGGAUUGGAUAUUUGACCAGGUUGUUAAAAAAAUGCAAGACAACACAUUGUGUGAAUUAAAGCAGAAAAACCUGGAAGUUGUAGUUACCAAAAUACUCAACGCAAUGAAGGAGGCCUCAAGUCUGCUAUCAGAUGACAAUGAAAAUGUUUCAAAUCUUGUCUGUGAAAUGCGCAAAUAUCUAAUCAAAGACAUUGCAAUAUCAGAGGAGGCUGAAAAACGCACUUUGUUUCAGAUCAAAAGCACAUGCCAGUCAUUCACACAAAGUUUUACUGCAUCCUUGAAUACGUUCAAGGAAACACUCCAUGUGGAAUUCUCCAACGUUGAAGACAUACCUGAAACCCUAAAUAAACUUGCAGUAAAACCACAGGAUGAGCUCUUCAAGAGGAUAUUUGGAUGCGGACACCAGUGCCCAUUUUGUAAAAUUCCCUGUGAGGCUGGAGGCAAAGAACACAAGAAACAUCAUGCUGCUGUGCAUCGGCCGCAGGGGCUUGGAAGAUACAGACACUAUGUCACUAAAGCACUGGGUGAAACUCUAUGUACAACAAAUGUGCAGACGGAUUUAAAAUUUCUAUUCUAUGAUGGGAGAACUGAGCUGUGGGUUCCAUACAAAGAAUACACUACCUACUUUCCUGACUGGCACAUUCCUCCAGAUGCCACAGUCGAAGCGUCUGAUUACUGGAAGUUUGUACUUGUACGCUACAAUAAGAGAUUUGCUCAAACGUACGAUGGCAAGCCAGCUGAUGUUCCAGAGGCCUGGAAGAAAAUCACAAAGGAGCAAGCCCUCAAGGGUCUGAAAGAUACUUUCAACAUGAGUUAAUCUUUUGCCCCGACAACAGUAGUAAACCUGGUGAUUGGUGUCAUAUAUGUUUAUAAUCACAAAUACACUACAUUUCUGUAAUACUGUUAUAGGUGCUUAAAUAUGCUGUACAUACGGUAGUAAUGGUUAUUACUUUCAAAGACUAAAUAUAAUGUAACAUAAUAUUUAUCUAAGAAUAAGAACUUUGCUCAGAUUGUGACUUAAAAUAACUUCUACAUAAAUAAUCUAUGAACAAAAUAAUAUUGAAAUUUAAUUAUUUGUUGUUUAUGAUGUAUGGUUGAAACAAAUAAAUGGUAUGCAUCACUUAGAAGCAUUUGUUGGUUGGUUGGUUUAAUUUAUUUCGAACACGCAUAUGUCCGAAAAGGAGUAGGAAGAAGCAGAGCUUAUUUAAUCCUACCCCCUCUUCGUAGCACAUCAAUUGCUAAUACAUGUGUGUACAUACAAACACGUGCAUACAUAUAUAUACACGUACAUCUGCACCUACACAAGUACGCACAUUUUUACAUAUACAGUAUACAGGUACACAAAUGAUAAAAAAAAAAAAAAAAAAAAAAAAAUUUCCCUUUCUCCAUUUUUUCCUCCUUCUCCUUUCCUUUUCCCUUUCUAUUUAUCCUGUCCUUUCUCUCCUGUUGAUAUCCACAUCGUCUUUAGUGUUGCACUGCUAGUGACGCUAGUGACGCUCAGUAAAUUUGUAAAUUUGGUGUUCCUUAGUCUCUCGAGCAGGGGUUGCCAACCUGUUGAUCGUGAUCGACCAGUUGAUCUUUGGGAGUCUGCCGGAAAAAUAAAUGCAUCAUCAUAUUAGUCCCCGCCUGUCUCGGAGAGUGACCAACAGACAUGCAUUUUGACCCCUGUGCCUUGCCGCUCUCUAGGCAUGCACCCCAUCGGCCCCAGCUGUGAGCUCAGUCCCCAAAAGCUGAAGGUGCCAGCACAGGCCACACCAGCUUGCCCCACAAGCAUUGAGCACUGUGUGAUGCGCACCUCCAAAAAAAGCCUCCAACUGUGGCGACACGGAUUGUUCAGGCUGGCUCCCCCUCUCUCCUCAACCACCAUUGCUCACCUGCGACAGGAAGCCAUCAAGCCAAAUUGACUUGUGGUUUGCUUACACAGGCUGACGCCAUGCGCCGAAACCCAAUGAAGAACCACAAAAGCAGGGGUGCCCAAAGUGCGGACCAGGUGCCAUCAAUGGCCAUAUACAUUAAAAAUAAUAAUAAUCGCCCCCCCAAAUAGUAUCUCCUUCAGUCCAGUCCAAUCUUGAGUUAUAUAGCACAUUUUAUAAACUCAGCUUACAAAGUGCUGCACAAAAUUGUAAAACAAUAAAUAAAAAGUACAAGUAUGAAUUGAUACAAUAAAAAACCUGUAAUUCAAAAUAAAAACAAAAUAUUGAAAACAACAAUAAAUAAAGUAGAUAAACCCCUAAAACAAGUCAUGGUAAUGGUAAUGGUUUAAUUUACUUUGAACAUGCAUACAGUCACAUUGGAAUAUGUCACAUAGUACAAUUCACAGUUCCACAAAGGAAUAGGAAGAAGCAAAUCCUAUUUCAUCGUACCUCCUCCGUUUCACAUCAAUUGCAAUACAUUUGUUCACUUCCUGUAUUCCAAAUGUACUCUUUGCCAAUUUUAAAUACAUGGGAAAAUGAUAAGGCAGUAUAACAAUGGGGUACAAUAGGAGUCAAGGUUUAUAAUCACUGUAAAUAACUGUAUAUAAAACAUACAACUGUAUAUAGCAGUCAUAAUAAAUAAUCAUAAAUAUAUAAUAGUAACACCCUGCGAUUGGCUGGCAACCAGUCCAGGGUGUACCCUGCCUCUUGCCCGAAGUCAGCUGAGAUAGGCUCCAGCAUACCCCCGCGACCCUACUGAGGAGAAGCGGUAUAGAAAAUGGAUGGAUGGAUGUAAUGGUAACGGAUGAAAAGGUUAAUAGUUGACAGAAACAUUGUUGGAUGAUGUGUUACGCGUGAGUGCGUGGUGGACCACAAAUUGCAGCAGCAAGGUGAGUGAUGACAGAACUUUAAUAGCCUUAGGCGGGAGCCAACAGAAAGCGCUGGAGUCCGUGGGUAGCGGAACUCCAGGAAAAGAAUGUCCACAUAAAAUAAACUAUGCAGAAAGGCAGAACAAGGGGACAACUGGAGCACCCAGCUGUAGAGACGCCGAAACUUGGGAAUGCCAGAGUGGAGAUGCCGUGAAUGCUCUGACCAGCAGCAAGGAAGGAACCGGCGUCUCACAGCUGCUCCUACUCAGGUAUAAGUAGGAGGGAGGAUGAUUAACUGCCGGUGUGUCCAGUUGUCCCUGCUCCUGCAGUGCGCCCAGCUGUGGGAGAGAGAGAGAGAGAUAGAGAGAGCGAGGCGCAGCAGCACAUGACCGUCACAGUAUCCCCCCCCCCUUAACGUGCGUCUCCUGGCCGCUUACCUGGCUUGUCGGGGAACCUGAUAUAGAACUCAGUGAGGAGACGUGGGUCGAGGAUGAGCGCCCUCGAGACCCAAGAACGUUCCUCGGGGCCGUACCCUUCCCAGUCCACCAGGUACUGGAAACCCCUGCCCCUCCUUCUCAUGUCCAAAAUAGCCUUGACCGUAAAAGCCGGGUGACCGUCGACCAGCCGAGGAGGAGGAGGAGGCACCUCUGGGGGGCUGAGGGGGCUGAGGGGGCUGAGGGUGACUGGCUUGAUACGGGAGACGUGGAAGACCGGGUUACAGUGGAGUGAGUCCGGGAGGCGCAAUUUGACUGCGACCCGGUUGAUAAUCUUGAUUAUGGGGUACGGGCCGACAAAUCUGGGUGACAGUUUUUUGGAGUCCACCGCCAAGGGGAGGUCGCGGGAGGACAGCCACACUUUCUGGCCCACCUGGUAGCGAGGUGCGGGCGUGCGGUGGCGGUUGGCCACCCUCUGGUUCCGCUCGGAGGUCCUGGAGAGGGCAGCCCUGGUGUUGCGCCAGGCCCGGCGCGCUCGGCGUACAUGUGCUGUCACUGAUGGUACUCUGGUGUCAAGGUCUUGGGAGGGAAAUGCGGGUGGCUGAAAGCCGUAAGCGGCAUGGAAGGGGGAUAGUCCAGUGGCGGAGCUGAUGAGGGAGUUGUGUGCGUACUCGAUCUAUGGAAGAACCGAUGACCAUGGCUGUUGGUGGCAUACACACCGGAGGGCUGCCUCCAGGUCCUGAUUAGUUCGUUCUGUCUGUCCGUUGCUCUGGGGGUGGUAUCCUGAGGAUAGGCAGGGAGUUGCACCAAGGGUCUUGCAAAACGCCCCCCAAACCGCCGACGUGAACUGGGGGCCCCUGUCUGACACCACCUCCGCAGGAAUGCCAUGAAGGCGGAAUAUGUGGUGGACCAGGAGUUGUGCCGUCUCCAAGGCAGACGGUAAUUUAGGCAGGGCCACGAAGUGUGCCAUCUUGGAAAAUCUGUCAACUACUGUCAGGAUGGUGGAUUUUCCUCGGGAGGGGGGCAAACCAGUUAUGAAGUCCAGUGCGAUGUGUGACCACGGCCGGGAUGGAAUGGGUAGGGGGUGGAGGAGCCCAGCCGGCGGUUGGUGGGAAACCUUGUUCCUGGCGCAAGUAGUGCAGGCGGCCACGAACCUCCUGGUGUCCUUAAGGAGCGUGGGCCACCAAAACCGCUGUCGGAGGAGAAAGGUUGUGCGGUUCACGCCUGGGUGACAGGUCAGUUUGGAUUCAUGUGACCAGCGCAGUACCUCUGAGCGGAGUUUGGGGAUGACAAAAAGGCGUCCCGGGGGGCAUCCGUUGGGGGGUGUAAUGCUCUGGAGGGACUCCUUCACCCGUCUUUCUAUGUCCCACUGGAGGGCCCCGAUGAUGUAUGCGUCCGGGACAAUGGGUUCCCGGUGGACGGGCUCGGUGGGGGGGGCGUGGAUGCGAGAGAGGGCAUCCGGCUUGAUGUUCCGGGAGCCAGGACGGAAGGUAAUGAUGAAAUUGAAACGUGUGAAUAGCAGGGCCCAUCUGGCUUGACGGGGGUUAAGUCUCUGCGCAGAGCGUAGAUAGGCCAAGUUCUUGUGGUCUGUCAGUACCGUGAAUGGAAGCUCUGUCCCCUCCAGCCAUUGCCUCCACUCCUGAAGGGCCAGGACGACGGCCAGGAGUUCCCUGUUGCCAAUGUCGGAAUUUCUUUCCACCGGGGUCAGGCGUCUGGAGAAGAAGGCGCAGGGGUGCAGUUUCUGGUCGGUGGUCGCACGCUGGGAAAGGACGGCCCCCACGCGAGUAUCGGAGGCGUCCACCUCGACAAAAAACGGGACAGAGGGGUUAGGGUGGAUUAAGACAGGUGCGGAAGUGAAGAGGAAUUUGAGUUUAUUGAAGGCGGACUCUGCCUCUGGGGUCCAGGAAAAAGGAAUCUUAGGGGAUGUAAGCUUGGUCAAAGGUUCUGCGACUCGACUGAAGUUCCGGAUGAAACGGCGAUAGAAGUUAGCGAAUCCCAGGAACCUUUGUAGAUGCUUCCUUGAUAUAGGAGCAGGCCAGUCGACCACAGCCUGGAUCUUGGCAGGGUCGGCUCUGAGCUGGCCUCUCUCCACUAUGAACCCCAAGAAAGGAAUAGACGAUGCGUGGAACGAACAUUUCUCAGCUUUGACAAAUAGUCUGUUUUCUAGUAGCCUUUGGAGGACGAGGCGGACAUGUUGGAUAUGCUCCUCCAGGGAGGCGGAAAAAAUGAGAAUGUCGUCAAGGUAGAUGAAUAUGAAGCGGCCUAGCAUGUCCCGCAGGACGUCGUUUACAAGGUUUUGGAAGACGGCAGGGGCAUUGGUAAGCCCAAACGGCAUGACUAGAUAUUCAAAUUGCCCUAGCGGCGUGUUGAAUGCCGUCUUCCAUUCAUCUCCCUCGUGGAUGCGCACGAGGUGGUAGGCGUUACGGAGAUCUAACUUAGAAAAGAUCUUGGCAGCGUGUAAUGGAGUGAAGGCUGAGUCCAAAAGGGGUAAAGGAUAUUUAUUUUUUACAGUAAUAAGAUUGAGUGCUCGGAAGUCUAUGCAUGGGCGUAAAGAUUUGUCCUUCUUCUCAACAAAAAAACCCCCCGCAGCGACAGGAGAUGAAGAGGGGCGUAUGAGGCCAGCGGAUAAGGAGGACGAGAUAUAUUCCUCGAGGGCUUUCUGCUCUAACUUGGAAAUGUUGUACAAGCGGGAGGAUGGCAGCGCUGCCCCUGGCAGGAGGUCUAUGCUGCAGUCAUAUGGGCGGUGAGGGGGAAGAGACAGCGCUUUAUCUUUGCUAAAGACCGCUUUAAGAUCAUGAUAGGCGGAGGGAACUGCCGUGAGAUCAAUUAAUUCAGGCUGGAGAGUGCUCGUGUGGGAGGGGCUGGGGGCGGAGCGGAGACAGUGUGUGUGACAGGUGACGCUCUAGUUAGUUAUGGAGAAUCGCUGCCAGUUUAAGUGUGGGUUGUGUUUAGUGAGCCAGGUAAGUCCAAGGACAACGGGUGCAGAGCGAGAGGGCAUAAUAAAAAAUUUUAGCUGCUCAAGGUGGUUGCCAGAUAGUCUGAGUUCGAGCGGAAUAGUCUGGUGUGUAAUGCGAGCCAGGAGAUUGCCGUCAAGGGAGCGCACUAAUUUAGGUUUAGAGAGUUCAAUAGUGGGAAAUGACAUACGUUUUACAAGGUUCAUGUCAAUGAAAUUGUCGUCUGCUCCGGAGUCAAUAAAGGCUUGAAUAUUAAUGUGUUUAUUUUUCCAAGACAGCGUACCUUGUAGAAGCAUUCUGGUGGUCGCCGAGGGCGAGAGUGAGCGACUUCUCCUCGGAGGGGUCGUGGUGGGUGAACGACGACGGGCACUCCGUCGAGGGUCCGGGGGGGGGCGAAUGGGACUGCUGUGAAGUGCGUGGCCCGGCUCGCUGCAGUCGAUGCACAGACGCAGACGCCGCCGUCUCUCCCUCUCUGCCGCGGUGAGUCUGCCUCCUAACUGCAUCGGCUCCUCCGUAGUCCAGGUGGGCGUGGAGUAGGACACCGCGUGUGGGCUGGGAUGGUUGCUGUGGCUCCCUGGCGUGGUCCCCGGAAGGUGUACCUCGGCGAAUCGACGACGUAGGUCACGCUGCUCUCCGUGAUCGCUGAGGCGCUUGUCGAUCAGUGUAGCUAAUUCUAUGAGGUCGUCUAAGUUUGAUGGCAUAGUCAGUGGAAUCAUAUGUACUCUAAUGUGCUCUGAUAGUUCGAGAAAAAACGUGUCAAGGAGCGCGCCCGCGUUCCAGUCACUUUCUGAGGCCAGUGUACGGAAUUCUAUGGCGUAGUCGGUGACCGGACGCCGCCCCUGGCGCAGCGUGAAGAGAGCCCGCGACGCCUCUCUGCCAGGCGGGCUGCGCUGGAACACUUGCUGUAGCGCUCUUGCGAAGGCAGGGUAGGUCUGACUGGAGGGAGCUCGGCGAUUCCACUCCGCCGUAGCCCAUGCGCUGGCUCGGCCCGUGAGGUGUGAGAUGACGAACGCCACCUUGGCGCGUUCUGUGGUGAAGGUGGCAGCUUGCAGUUCAAAGUGCAACUCGCACUGCGUGAGGAAGGGACGGACGUCACCUGAGUCCCCCGAGAAUCUCUCCGGUCUGGACAACGGCGUGCGGGAAGCGAGGGCGGCUUGGACUGGAGGAGCGGGCGGACUGGCGGGUGCGGAGUCCUGGUUCUGAGGAAGUGCCGCCAGCAGCGUGUUGAGGCGGGAGCCCAGGCUUUCCAUCAUCGUGUCCUGGCGUGCUGAUAAUUCCUGGAGGCACGUUCCCAGGGUGUUGAGCUGCUCCUCUUGCUUCCCCAGACGCUGCGCUUGGCUACGCAGUGCCUUCUUGAUCGGGUCUUGCUCCGCGUGGUCCAUUAAACUGGCCGGUUCCUUCUGUUACGCGUGAGUGCGCGGUGGACCACAAAUUGCAGCAGCAAGGUGAGUGAUGACAGAACUUUUAAUAGCCUUAGGCGGGAGCCAACAGAAAGCGCUGGAGUCCGUGGGUAGCGGAACUCCAGGAAAAGGAUGUCCACAUAAAAUAAACUAUGCAGAAAGGCAGAACAAGGGGACAACUGGAGCACCCAGCUGUAGAGACGCCGAAACUUGGGAAUGCCAGAGUGGAGAUGUGGAGAACCGGCGUCUCACAGCUGCUCCUACUCAGGUAUAAGUAGGAGGGAGGAUGAUUAACUGCCGGUGUGUCCAGUUGUCCCUGCUCCUGCAGUGCGCCCAGCUGUGGGAGAGAGAGAGAGAGAUAGAGAGAGCGAGGCGCAGCAGCACAUGACCGUCACAUGAUGAGUGACUACAAACAAUUUAAUACUUCAAGUCCUAAGAAUUGUAAGAGUGGUUAGACAUAACAUUGGAUAAAAACAACCAUCGCCCACUCCAGCAGUAUCUCCUUCAAGCCUCAAUCCAGUCCAAUCCACUUUAUUAAUACACACAUUUUAUUAACACAGUUUCCAAAGUGCUUCACAAAGUUUUAAAUCAAUAAACAAAGAGUAAAAGUACAAAUUAAUACAAAAAAAACAGUGAAUAAAAAGUAAAAAUUUAAAACAACAAUAACUAAUAAAAUAGAUAAAACCCUGCCCACCAGUGGUGAGCAAACUGCGGCCCGUGGGCCACGUCAAGCCAGCUAAACGUCGACCCCCCGGGCACUUCCAAAUGAUGAUGAGAUGCCAUCUGUAACUUGCACAAAAAAGCCAUCCAAACAACACAACGCAUCAACACACACAACGCACAAAGUAACCUACCUACUGCACCAUGUGGGCAUACAAACAAAUUUGUACGUGCAAUACUCAUGCCAAAAAAACACUGUUACUAUAUUCCCGCCAUGCAGGGUAGCUUGUGGUACAUUUUUGCCGUGUUUGUUGCAUUUUUGCUUGAUUGCAAAAUAUGUUGAGGAGGUCGUCAGAGAAGUAAACAAGGUCGAGCUAACAUUCUCUUGAUAUCCAAUGUUUAACUGUUCAUAGUUCAGCUGUAGUUGCUGUUGCAGCUGGACUACCCAGCAUGCCUUGCGGGCAUUUGGAAACAACUGUUUUAAGUUACCUGGAAUGUUUUGCGAUUAGUUGUUGUUCUUGUAUCCCUGUGACAUCCUCUUCCACACACAAACCUUUCCUCUAUGGGUGAAGGCCGUUUUUCCUUGCAAUGUCUUGGAUAUUCUCAGUAACGAUUAGAUUAAUCUAUGCAUGAAUUGUAUUUCUUUACUUGGAAUAUAGCCAAGAGGAACACUGAGCCAGUCACCACAGCAGUCCUCUUCCCUACUGCUCUCGGGAGCAACUAAGAUCCCCCAGAAUUUCAAGGGGAGUCCAUUGAUCUGAUCACUCGCCGUCCACCCCUCCUGGACUGGAAUCACCCGCGAGCAGUGAAAUAUUUCUUACUGAACUUUUUACCCUAACAUCUGGCAUCAUUAUCGGGGUAGAAGUGAGGUGUUGGCUGACGGACUUACACUUUUUUCUAUGUAGACUUGUGUGAGUGGAGUUCAUAGAGGCUAGUUCUUUAAGAAUAUUAUACCUAUGAUAUUUUAAACUGCUUCUUGCCCUUGCAAACCUCCAUCCAACUAUUUUCCAUGCCGCUUAUCCUGAUUAGGUGCGGGGGUAUGCUGGAGCCUAUCCUGGCUGACGUUGGGCAGAGAGGCAGGGCACAAACCUGGUUGGCCAGCUGAUCGCAGGGCACAUAUAGGCAAACAAUCAUUCACGCUCACAUUCAUACUUACACAUUCAUACACGCAAACUCCACAAGAGGUUUUGUUUUGUUUUUCAAGCGGAGAUUUGAACCCAGGUCUUUCCCAUUUCCUGACUGUGUGGCUAACAUGCCAUGCUAACCCCUCGGCCACCAUGCGGCCCUCCUUGCAAACCUAUCCUAAUACAAUUUUCUGUAACUAUCUGAGAAUGUCACACAGUGUAUUUUGUGAAAUAAAACAUUAUGCAGUAUAAUAAAGAAUAAUUCCUUUGAGGUUGUUCCGGUAUUGUUUAACAGGUCCCUCUGAUCGCUAAUAGAUAAGUAAAUCGACCCUGGUCCUUUCAAAUAGCAACAAACAAUUAGAGGGGAAGCAGUCGUAAAGCAGAAGGUCCGGUAUCAUGUAAAGCCAAAAGCGGUUACUCUGGCUGUGUGCGGUCCUGACUUAGAGGUGUCAUCCCUCAACAGGGGCGAUUUAACCCUUUAAACAGAGCAGUCAGGUAGGGAGGUGCAGCAGCUUCAUACCCGAGGGAGCAAGGGUCUUGCACCACCUAUGUAACAAGGUUUAAACACCCCUAUUAAUUUCUGUUUCAGACAUUUUGACAGGAUUGGUGUGCUGCUCUGCUGCCCUCUCUCUGUUUUCUCUUGCAGCACAUCUCUCCCGCUUCGGCCAGCCCUAAUUAGCGCACCUGCAGCCUAUCUGGAUGACCUACAUUAUCAGCAAGCAGUCAUCCACAUGUCGCUAGAUUGUUGCCUUCCGUGCCAGCUCAUGCUCUUGCAACUUCUGUGCUUUUGUGCUAGCCUCACCUGUUUUGUGCAAUCCUGCAAUAUCUCCUGCUUGCUAUUUGCUAUUCAGCAUUAGUGCCUGCUUGGUUCUCAGCAGUGCUUUUCAGUUUUGGACUCUAGACUUUUGCUCCCUGCCAGGUUUUCGUCAGCUCCCUCAGUUGAUGUAUUUCUUUUUCCCCGUGUACAUGCUGGGCGAUUUUAUGUUGUUGUUUGGACUAUACCUUUUGUUUGUACUUUGUAUUUUUCUUAUUUAUUACCUGCCUGUGUAAUAAAUACGCAUCUUGCGGUCCGAGUCCCGGCUUUACGUCCAUCUUCACACAUUUUUAGACCACAUGAUGCAGAACACAUUACAGUUGGAUAUUUUUUAAGCAAAUCAUCUGAAUUACAUACAUAUACUGUAUGAAGGACUAAGGAAGAAUAUUAUAGGCAUUUAUUAGACAAGAAUAAGAAUAACAUUAGAGCAACUUGGGGCAUUUUAACAGUAUCAUAAGGAACAGUGCUAAGAAAGCAGACUACCCUCAUUAUUUCAUGGUUGGUAACACCAAUAACGAUGAUAUAAAUGAGGUAGCUGGAAAGAUUAAAAACUACUUUUUAAAUAUUGGACCAAAACUGGUCCAAUAUUUACAAAGUAGUGAGAGGAGGAAAAUAAUGGAAACACAGACAGGAAUCCUAAUUCCACGUUCCUCACUGAUGUUACAAAAAAGGAAAUAAAUUAUUGUCAAUAAUUGUAAAACAAAAACAUCAACUGAUUGAAAUGGAAUCGAAAACCGAAAAAGGUUAUUAAUGAGAUUGUAGAACCACAGACGUACAUCAGUAAUUUAUCAUUCCAGACUGGUAAAUUUCUUGACAAAAUGAAAACAGUUUUCAAAAACGGAGACAAACAUCAAUUUACAAACUACCGACCAGUUUCCUUACUACCAAAAUUUUGUAAAAUAAUUAAGAAGCUAUUCAAUAACAGGUUGGACAAAUGUAUUAAUAAGAAUGAAUUAGUCACGGAUAGCCAAUACGGAUAUAGGGCUAAAUUACCAAUGCCAUAGACCACAAAAAAGUGUGCAGCUGCAGUAUUUAUGGAUCUGACAAAAGAUUUCAAUACAGUUAAUCACAACAUCCUAAUUACAAAAUUAGGAAGGUACGGAAUCAGACGGUUAGUUUUUAAGUGGGUCAAAAGCUACAGUACCUAGCUAACAUGAAGCAAUACUGUAUGUGAAGCUAGGAGAAUACACAUCUAUAGAUUUAAAUAUUACGUGUGGAGUACCCCAGGGGUCAAUACUGGGACCAAAACUGUUCAACUUGCAUAUUAAUGAUAUCAGUAAAGUGACAAUAACUUGAGUUAGUAUUAUUUGCCGAUGAUACUACGGAUUUUUGUUCUGGGGAAAUCACACAAGAGUUAAUUAAUAAAGUCACAGAUGAAAUGGCCAAAUGAAAAAGAUGGUUUGAUAAAAAUAGAUUACUGUAUCCUUGAACCUAAGUAAAACUAAAAUAAUGCUAUUUGCUAAUACCAUUAUUUUAGUGCAAAUACAAAUAGACGGUGUGGACAAUGAAAGUGUGAACGAAAAUACAUUUUUGGGGAUCAUAAUAGAUGAAAAAAUGAGCUGGAAAUCUCACAUUAAAAAUAUACAACAAAAGGUGGCGAGGAAUACUUCAACAUUGAAUAAAGGAGAAGCGGCAUAGAAGAUGGAUGGCUGGAUGGAUGGAUGGAUGAAUAAAGCAAAAUUUGUCCUUGACCAAAAAUCACUCCAUGCUCUUUACUGCUCUCUGGUUUUACCAUAUCUAACUGAGAUAUGGGUAGUAAUUAUAAAAGCAAUCUUCACUCGCUGAGGAUAAUCCAUAAUGCCGCGUAUAGAGAACAUACAAAUCCUUUAUUUUCUAAAAUCACAAAUAUUAAAAUUUGCUGAUGUAGUAAAUUUUCAAGCAGCUAAAAUUAUGCAUAAAGCAAACAAUAACCUGUUACUCAAAAAUGUCAUAAAAUACUAUUUUACAAGAGGAGAAAUAUGAUGUCAGGGAAAAAUUAAAAUUAAAACACUUAUACGUAAGAACAAUGCUAACAAUCCACAGCAUUUCAGUAUGUGGAAUCAAAUUAUGGAACGGAUUGAGGAAGAAACUCAAAUAGUGCACUAAGAUGAGCGAUUUUAAGAAACAAUACAAGCAGUUGUUGUUUGCAAAAUACAAGGAAGAAGAGUCUUGAACUUUUGAUGUUAUGUUUAUUUGUAUUUAUUUAUGAUUAUAUUGAUUAUUAUACAGUCAAACGUGUCUAUAGCGGCCACUAGAGGGAGUCUGCAAAAGUGGCCGCUAUAGACAGGUGGCCUCUAUAGACAGGUUUGCGUCCAGUUUGAAUGUUGACCAGUAGAGGAAAAAAAAGAAAAAAAAAGGGGAAAAAAAUAAUAAUAAUAAUUUUGACCAGUAGAGGGCACUGUGGGACUGCGGAUAAAAGUUGUACAGCACUACUAGGCUUGUUAUUAUCCACAACCCACAGAACAAAGCUGUGCUAGUAAUGUCUUAUGCUUGUUUUUAAUAUUUUACUUUUUAUACGGCAGUGUCAUUACAGCUUUAGUUCAUCAGGAAGUGACGGGAACUGACGGUGGGCGUCCCGAGCAGGAGAGCUAAGCUCAGUGCUAGCUGUGAGUUUCGAGAGAGUUGGGAAGUGUGUUUAUGUUGGCGUGGAUGUAAAGUCCUGCAGUGUUCUGCGCUGUUAAUAAAGCCAUUAAAGUGCAUCGGCGAUGUGAGUCUCUCCUUCCCCACAACAAGCGGCAUUACGGUAUUGACCAGUGCACACCAGGAAAUAAACGGUGUCAUUUCUUACAGGCAUUGGCUGGACAGCUAUGUAGUGGGGCUAGUUUAACCUUUGCCUUGUGGGCAAGCAGGAAGGAGAGACGAUGCUGAGAGAUGUGUGUGUUCUGAACUGCUGUCUGGUGGCCGCGUUCAAUAAAUAAAGUUGGCAGAGGCAACAGGAGAAGUUUCCUUCUUUGCUUCGGAGCUGAAUAACACUGAAAAGUUAACAGACUAGUAGCGAUCGGAAAAGAAGACGGCUUUUUUUGUGUCGAAUACACAAGAUGAGGACUUUGAUGGAUUUGUGGAUGAGGAAUGAUCAAAAAUAAUGUGAGUACAUUCUAAAAUACUUCAAUUAAGUACAACCCAACUCAGUUUUGCUCCCGCUGCCGCAUGCAUGCUAGCGUAUGGGUUUUUUUUUUAUUGUAACAGGAAGUGCUGGGAGCACGUCCUGUUCCCAGCCUACUUUGCGGUAAUGUUUUGGUGCAAAUGCUCUUAAAGUUACAUGUUUGACCAGGAAAUAGCAAGCUCAAAAGAAGACGGCUUUUUUAUGUGGAACAACUGACAGUUUGUGUGGAUCUUGUGAAUGAUUGUGACUGAGCUAGGACUCAGUAAUUAAAGUCUAUACACGACGGCUUCAUUGAUUGAAAAACAAAACUUUUUCGUGCAUGAAGCUUCUACUUGAGUUGGUAAUUUGGCCGCUAUAUGCGGUCAGAUAUUGACCAAGGGAGACAAAAAGGGUGGCCGCUGGCCGCGUUGGACAGGUGACUGCUAUACACAGGGUCUAUAACAUGUACAUUUGCUGCGGGGGAUUUUUCAGUGGCUGCUAUAGGCAGGUGGCCGUUCUCUAAAGGUGGCCACUAAGACAGGUUUGAUUACAAUUUAUUAGUGGAAAAACCUUAUAUUACCAUAAUGUUACAUUACCAUAUCACUUUUCUGUGAUUCAGAAAGAUCACAUAUGAAGUACAGGAAGUGCAUAAAUGUACAGCAACAGAUGUGAAAUGGAUGGGGGUAGGAUUAAAUAAGCUUUACUUUUUCCUACUCCUUUUGGACCUGUGGAACUGUGAAUUGUACUAUGUAAUGUAUUCCAUUGUAACUUGUAUGCGUGUUUAAAUAAAAUUAAACCAUUACCGUUACCAUAUAUAUACACUUCUGAUCAAAAUAUGUUGCAGUGGGCAUCCCUCAUGACUGAGGGCCCUUGUCUGUGUGUUUUUUCAACAGGACAACGCUGCAGUUCACAAUGCUCACUUGACGAAGGACUUCUUCAGGGAGAAUAACGUCGCUCUUUUGGACCAUCCUGCAUGUUCCCCUCAUUUAAAUCCCACAGAGAACAUUUGGGGAUGGAUGGCAAGGGAAGUUUAUAAAAAUGACCAUCAGUUCCAGACAGUUGAUGCCCUUCGUGAAGCCAUCUUCACCACUUGGAGCAAUGUUCCCACUAGCCUCCUGGAAACACUCGCAUCAAGCAUGCCCAAACACAUUUUUGAAGUGAUGAACAAGAACGGUGGAGCUACUCAUUACUGAGUCCUACUGAGAACAUUUUUGUUCUUGUUUGGAGAGUUUUUUUGUCAUUUUUUGAGCGAUGGUCUUAAACUUUUGAUCAGCUGAUAAACAGCCUAUUUCAGUUUAAUUGUUGUUUUCAAUAAAUUACUUUUUCAAAGUG